AUGUUAAGAAUUAUUCAGAGUACAGCCAGAUCUGCGGCUAGCAGACAAUUGCUAAGAUCCACAGCCACGUGUUCUUCUAGAAGCAUUCUUUUAAGAACUAGUGGUGCGAAAUUUUCAACAUCAAUACCAAGAGGUGGUGAGACGGCCAAUAUUUCAACUGCAGAUUACGAUGCUUCAUGCUUUUCAAGCAAGGUUGGCUUGAAAGAUCUAGAUUCGUUCCCAAGAAGACAUCUUGGAUCAAAUCCUAGUCAGGUGGAGAAGAUGUUGAAGGUGGUUGGAUCUCCAGAUAUCGAAACUUUCAUCUCUAAAGCUAUUCCAAAGAAUGUUCUUGUGAAAAGAAGUCUUGAUAUAGAGCCAAAAGGGGGACUUUCUGAAAGUGCAAUGCUUAAGAGACUGAAGAAGAUUGCUUCCAAAAACAAAGUGCUCCGUUCAUACAUCGGAAAAGGAUAUUAUGGAACACACAUGCCAGCAGUGAUUCAAAGAAACAUGAUGGAGAACCCGGCAUGGUACACUUCGUACACACCAUACCAGGCAGAGGUUUCCCAGGGUCGUCUUGAGGCCCUUUUGAACUUUCAGACGAUGAUAUGCGAUCUUACGGGUCUUCCUAUUGCAAACUCGUCCUUGCUUGAUGAAGGUACAGCAGCCGCUGAGGCCAUGAUUAUGAGUUAUCAUCAGUUCCAUGGCAGAAAAGAUACAUUCAUCAUCGAUAAGAAUAUUCAUGAACAGACGCUUGCAGUAAUCCGCUCCAGAGCUAAUACGCUUGGAAUAAAGCUAGUGCUAACGGACUUACUCUCAUCAGAAGGUAUUGAGGUUGUGGAAAAGGGUGGAAAAAACGUUUGUGGUGUGCUUGUUUCGUAUCCAGGGGAUGAUGGCAGUAUUCCAUCGUUGAAAUCGCUCAACAGGAUUUCAGACACAAUUCAUAAAACCAAAGGUUUGUUUGUUGUUGAUGCAGACAUCCUUGCAUUGACACUUCUCAAGGCACCAGCAACUUUUGGAGCAGAUAUUGCUCUAGGUUCUGCCCAAAGAUUUGGUGUUCCGAUGGGCUUUGGUGGUCCGUAUGCUGCAUUUUUGGCCGUUAAAGAUUCGUUAAAAAGAAAGAUGCCGGGAAGAUUGGUCGGUGUCUCUAAAGAUAGACUCGGCAAUCCGGCUUUGAGACUUGCUCUUCAAACCAGAGAGCAGCAUAUCAGAAGAGAGAAGGCCACCUCUAACAUCUGCACUGCCCAGGCACUUUUGGCCAACGUUGCAUCUUCUUAUGCCGUGUAUCAUGGUCCAGAAGGCUUGAAAAGCAUUGCUGCUCGAGUUUACGGCCUAACGGCAGUUCUCGCCGACCGAAUCAGGCAGAAAACGGGUCACAAGAUCUUGAACGGCUCGGCAGCCUUCUUUGACACUUUGCGAGUCGAACUUUCGGGCGAGACGGCCACCCAGUUCAUGGAUAGGGCUGUGAAGGACUUUGGAAUCAACGUUUUUAAAGUUGACGACAAGACUAUUCAGCUGUCUUUGGACGAGACAGUCACGCAGAAGGAUUUGGAAGAUUUGGUGGAGCUUUUCACUGGAGAAAAGACCGAUCUUUCAUCCAUCGACAGCCUACCAACAAUUUCGAGAGAGUUGCUAAGAGAUGACGAAAUCUUGACAAACCCAGUCUUUCACAAGCAUCAUUCAGAGACGGCAAUGCUGAGAUACCUAUACUCCCUUUCUGAAAAGGACAUUGCUCUCACCACGUCGAUGAUCAGUUUGGGAUCCUGCACUAUGAAACUUAACGGAACCAUCGAGAUGAUGCCAAUCACGUGGCCAGAAUUUUCUUCCUUGCACCCGUUUGUUCCCCGGGACCAGGCUCAGGGAUACAUGCAGUUGAUUUCUGAGCUUGAGCACGAUCUUGAGCAGAUUACCGGCUUCAGCAAGACAACCUUGAUGCCAAAUUCUGGAGCCCAAGGUGAGUACACGGGUCUUUCUGUGAUCCGUGCAUACCACCACUCCAGAAACGACCCCAAGAGAAACGUCGUUUUGAUUCCUGUCAGUGCCCAUGGUACGAACCCAGCAUCUGCCGCUAUGGCUGGUUUCAAGGUUGUUCCGGUCAAAUGCCUUGAGAACGGAAGUUUGAAUAUGGAAGAUAUGGAGAAGCAGGCACACAAGCAUGCGGACAACCUUGCGGCCUUCAUGAUCACGUACCCAACGACAUUCGGACUCUUUGAGCCUGGAAUCAGGACUGCAAUCGACAUUGUCCACAAAUACGGGGGUCUCGUGUACAUGGAUGGUGCAAACAUGAAUGCCCAAGUUGGUCUAACGUCGCCAUCCGAUUUGGGUGCCGAUCUCUGUCACUUGAACCUCCACAAGACUUUCUGCAUACCACACGGAGGUGGUGGACCUGGUGUUGGACCAAUAUGUGUUUCAGAGAAGUUGGCACCAUUUCUACCAAAGCAUCCCUUGGCAGAGACCUCUAACCAUAGUGUAAAGACUGCCAUUCAGCCGGUGGCAUCUGCUCCAUUUGGCUCUGCUUCCAUCUUGCCAAUCUCGUACGCGUACAUCAAGAUGAUGGGUGGAAACAACAUUCCGUACUCGUCCGUCAUGGCCAUCCUGAACGCCAACUAUAUGCUUUACAGGCUCAAGGAUGCGUACAAGAUCAUGUUUAUUGGAGGCUCCAAGGACUGCGACUUCCACUACAGUGGUCACGAGUUCAUCAUCGACUUGAGACCUUUCAAGAAAGUGCACAUCGAGGCUUUGGACGUCGCCAAAAGACUACAGGAUUACGGCUUUCACGCACCAACUAUGGCCUUCCCUAUUGCAGACACUUUGAUGGUGGAACCAACCGAAUCGGAGAAUAAGGAGGAGUUGGACCGGUUUGUGGAUGCAAUGCUUGGCAUUAGAGAGGAGAUCCGGGCAGUGGAAGAGGGAAAGUCGGAGGGACUAGUUUUGAAGAAUUCACCUCACCCAAUAGAGGAUCUGCUACAGGAUGAUUCCGUUUGGGGAAAGCGUGGAUACACCAGGGAGCAGGCUGCCUACCCGUUGCCAUACUUGAAGAACUUCAAGACAUGGCCUACAGUUGCUAGAAUUGAUGAUGUCUACGGUGACACUCAUCUUCUGUGCACGUGUCCUCCGGUGUCGUCUUAUGAGGAGUGA